GCCUGGGCCAGGUCUGAGCAGACGCACCGAACAACUCAAUCACUUGCGAUAGGAGGUAGCGGCCUCUGUCCUACUGUCUGACCAAGCAGUCACGGUUCUAUGGUGCGACGAGCCCCUAUGUUGUGGAGAGUUCCCCUCGUCCUUACCUUGUGCCUACAGGCCUCUCGUGUCGUGACCGAUGCUGCCUGUGACGUCACACACGGGUGCACGGACAGCGGUCAAUCAGCUGACCAGGCGGCAGAGAGAGGGUUCAGUUUGUUCUUUCAGUCGAACCUAAAGGAGUUGGAAGAUGUGCCUGUGACCUUUGUGAAACCACUGCCCCCCUGGAUGAAUGGGACGCUGGUCCGCAAUGGAUUAGGGCAAUAUGAGAAUGGACCCAGGCGAGUGGUUCACGCAUUUGAUGGCUUUGCUAAACUGGCCAGUUGGAAGUUUCAAGGUAACUCUACAGCUCUAUUCUCCACAAAGUUUAUACGAUCAAGGGUCUACAGGAUGUCCCAGAAAACCAACACGAUAGCGCCAUUUCUACUGUUCCAGUCUGUGACACCGCCGUUUUCAUUUUUUGAGAAAGUCCGGUGUCUGUUAAGAGGUAUCGAUAACAUGAACAUCAACAUUUUCCGGUUCCCUCACCCCAAGAAGAAGAGGCACGAAUACGCCGCUCUCAGCGACUUUUGGAUCUCCUACAAGAUAGACAUAGAUGAUCUCUCAACCAAGAGAAGGGUUGUCCCGGUCAUUAAAAAAACGCCCAAGUCGGCGACUGCCUUACAAGGAAGUGGCUUCCUCAACCUCUUGUCGUCUGCUCAUCCCGUCCCAGAGCCAGGGACGAACAACUACUUGACCUUCCUGUCCAGCGUAGCCUUCUACCCCUGGGACAGCAACGUGAUUAACCUAAUUCGCGUCAAGUCUUUAAAGAGACGUAAAAUCAUCGCGCAGUGGCCUGUGGAGCGACUCCCGUACAUGCACUCGUUCUCGGUGACACAGACCAAGGCGAUCCUCCUGGCCAGCCCCUUCCACGUCAACAUCUACUGCAUGGCCCAAAAAGCGGAACCUUUCUCGUGUCUGGACUGGGACGGCACACAGCCAGCUACUCUGUACGUGGUGGGGUUAGGCUCUGGCCACAUACAGACGGUCACCAUGCCCUGCGUGUUCACAAUGCACCACGUCAACGCUUAUGACGUCAACGAGACGACCAUCAUAAUGGACAUUUCCACCUACCCGAACCCAGAUUUUGUUCACCACCUGGAGCUGGAGAUACUGAGAGACCCUGUCAAGAGAAAUUCUUUCGCGGCGCACGCGCUCCUCAAACGGUUGUCCAUUGACCUUGUAAAAGGUCAAGUCACCGAACUUCCAAUUGAUAUCGACCCGUCAAAUCCGAGCCUUGCGUCGCUCUUGGACAUGCCAGUGAUCAACGAAAAGUACCGCUCCAAGCACUAUUGCUUCGUGUACGGACUCGUGAUAAAGACUGACAACAUCACCCUCAGCGCGACAGCAGUUGUGAAGAAAGACUUGUGUGGUAGAGGGAAAGCUGACCUCACGUGGCAAAUGGCCGGACAUUUCCCUGUGGAGCCCUGGUUCGUGCCCACUCCUGGGGCCACCGCGGAGGAUGACGGUCUCCUCCUGGUUCCGGUUCUGGAUGGGGUAAGGGAGAUAACCUACCUGUCGGUUCUUGAUGCCCGGACGAUGACGUCAGUGAACCGCGCGGACUUGCCAACAUACAUUCCUUACUCCCUGCAUGGCCGCUAUUUUGAACAGGAAGAUAAAUAGUC